AUAACUAUUGAUUAAGAAACUCAUUGAAAAGUCGUAUCCGAUAUCUAUGAGAUUAAAGAUUGGUCUAGUGAUUAUCUGAAAGACAAAGGAUACGUAGACUGCGCAUAUAUACGUAGCGUAUACAGGCGCAAGCGCAGAAAAUAACGAAAGAAUAAUCAAUCGUUCGUUGUUUACCUGUAUCAGUUUAAGAUCAAUUCGAAAUUAGUUUAGCGCAGAACUUCCUGCCACGAGGAUGCAUCAUUCGUCAGAUUUUUUCAAUUCCGUAGACUCUCUGAAACGUCGUGAGAAAGAUAUCGAAUAUGCAAUCAAAUAUGGUCGUUUCGUACUUAGAUCGAUCGGUAUUUGGCCGGAUACAGAAAAUAAAAUACGCCAAUAUCUUUCAAAUCUCGCAAUCUUGACGGGUAAUCUUAUAUUAAGCUUCGCAAUAAUACCUUGCGCUCUGCAUAUAAUUUACGAGGAAAAAGAUACAAAUUUGAAGCUAAAACUUUUCGGUCUUCUAAGUUUUUGUAUCUGUGUGAUGAUCAAAUAUUUCGCUCUUUCUAUACGUCGAUCAGACAUCGUUCGAUGCAUCGAAUGGUUGAAAACUGAUUGGUAUCAGGUAAAGCAUCAAUCACACCGCAAACUAAUGCUAAAGUAUGCAAAGACCGGAAGAAAUCUUACCAUGAUGUGUGCAAUGUUCAUGUACACAGGCGGUAUGAUUUAUCACACGAUCUUACCUUUUUCUGGUCCACGUAUUAUGGAUGUAUCGAAUCGUACAUUGAAGCCGUUGGUUUAUCCGAGCUACAGUGUCCUUUACGACGUACAGAAGAGUCCCAUUUAUGAAUUCGUUUAUCUCGCUCAUUGUUUGUGCGGAUACGUGAUAUAUUCGGUAACGACCGGUGCUUGUAGCCUAGCAGCGAUCUUCGCGAUGCAUAUUUGCGGACAAAUCGAAAUUAUAGCGUCGUUGAUAGAUGAUCUUGUUGACGGACAAAAAUACAAUGAUACAAGAACUUGUGCCGGUCAACGAUUAGCUACCAUUGUGAAACAUCAUUUACAUGUAAUACGAUUUGUCACUGCUUUAGAAGAUCUCCUGCAAGAAGUUUGUUUGAUAGAAUUCACGGGUUCAACUUUCCUGAUAUGCUUACUCGAAUAUUAUUGCAUCACGGAUUGGGAAGAAAAUAAUAGGAUUGGUGUAUUUACAUAUAGCAUACUACUGACUUCUAUGACCUUUAAUAUAUUUAUAUUGUGCUAUAUUGGAGAAUCUUUAACAAACAAGACGAAUAAAGUUGGUGAACGAUGUUGUACGAUCGAAUGGUAUCGUUUACCAUCGAAAAUAGCAGCAGGAUUGAUCUUAAUCAUCGCUGUAUCGAAUAAUUCAGUUAAAAUCACUGCUGGAAAAAUGGUCGACUUGUCUUUGCUUACCUUCAGCAACUUAUUGAAAACAUCGAUAGCAUAUUUGAAUUUUUUACGAAAAUUAGUGAUAUAAAUUAAUAUCUACUAUAUAUGUACAUGCUUAAAAUUAGAAAAUAAAUUAUAAU